UUUAUUUUCUUGUGAAUGCACAAAAUUUAACGAUAAGUUUAUUAUUUAAAUAAAUAUUCAACAAAUUAAAUUUUUAAACAUGGCUUUUAACGAUCGAAUGCACGAAAGAAACAUUUACAAACGUAAAAAACCUAAUUUCAAAUUACUGGCUGAAAAAUAUGAGAAAUUUAGGGAAGAAGGGGCGAAAAUAGGCAAGAACGGGUCUUACUUUUUAAAUUUUAAAGACGCAAAAUGUCUACGGGCCCUAACUUGGGCUCUCCUAAAAGACGAUUUCAAUUUGGACGUAGACAUGCCGUUAAAUCGGCUGAUCCCCACUGUUCCUCUUCGACUCAACUACAUACUCUGGAUUGAGGAUAUUUUUUCUGACAAAAAUUCCAAUCUCUUGGGAGUUGAUAUAGGUUGUGGGUCUUCUUGUAUCUAUGCACUAAUUGGGGCUAAGAAAAAUAAUUGGAAGUUUGUUGCCGCUGAUGUAGACGCUGUUAAUUAUGAUUAUGCUCUGAAAAAUGUUGCUAAUAACGAUCUUUCUGAUCAUAUUAAAGUUAUCCACACAGAUCUUAACUCAAACCUGCAGACUAUAUUUAAUGACUAUACCUGUGAAGAUUAUUUCAAGAUUAAAUUAUCAUCAGAGUCCCCAUCGUCAUCAUCAUCUAUAAAAAUCGACUUCUGCAUCUGUAACCCACCAUUUUUUGAAAGCACAGUUGAUCUUUUGGGAUCUGGAAGAUCGAGAUCAGACGAUCGACCUGAUCCUAAAUCAGUCAACACAGCAAGUUGUGUUGAAUCAAUUUCUCCUGGUGGCGAAGUCGAAUUUGUUAAGAAGGUUAUUGUUGAUCCGAGUUUAGUUCUGAAGACAAAUGUAAGAGUCUACAGCACGAUGUUAGGCAAGAAGUGCAGUAUGAAGCCACUCCUUCAAUACCUUAAAGAAAAUAAUAUCACUAAUGUAUGUACAACUGAAUUCUGUCAAGGCCAUACAAUGAGGUGGGGUCUAGCCUGGUCAUGUGACUCCAACAUCCAAUUAGCUAAAUUGAUGAAAUCUCCCAAAAAGCAUAUACAGCCAUUGUGUAUUAAGCUGGAAUCGUCGAAACACAUUGAGAAGUCUAUGGGGGAAUGGCAGUUUUUUAUAGAGGGAAUGUUUAAUGAUCUGAAGGUUGAAUUCUUCGAAAGGCGGACAGACGCAUUCAAAUGCGAGAAAAUAUCCUGGAUAGUCACAGCCUUCGAGAAUACAUGGUCCCACCAAAGAUCAAAAAGAAGAAGAGAGAUGAUGGGUGUGAAAAAGAUAGAGGGAGAGAAGAUAGAGAUGAUGAGUGGGAGAGAGAGAACGAGUGAACAUAAGAUGAUGAUGAUGGCAGAGAGGAGACUGAAUCAAGCCAACGACGAUCAUAAUGAUAAUGCUAAUGAUAGAGUUAAAACGAAUCGAAAAAAUGUUGACGACGGAGAUACCGACGAUGGUGACGCUGAUGGUGAAGAACCAACUGGCAAGAAAUUAAAAUUGGAUGUUAACGUCUUGAGUGACGACACUACAGCUGCUGCAGAUGCUACUACCGCUGCUGCUGCUACUACUAAUGAUAAUGUUAAUAAUAAUAAAGCUGUUCUCCUUGAUAAUAAUAGUAAUGAUAACGGUACCAGUGAAAAUAAUAUUAAUAAUAAUAACAAUAAUAAUAACAAUAACCAGUUUAUUAUACAGUUUAUUUUAAACUUAUUGAACGAUGGAAAGCAUAAAAGCAUUCAGUUUGAAUGGCUGGCUGGCUCCUGCAGGGACCUCAUGCACCAGUUCUAUCAAUACGUCGUUAAUUUCAUCUCAAAAUUCAAUUGAAAUAUUUUUCCCGGAUUUCGUUCAAUUGUUUUAAACAGAAUAAUUAAUUUGUUAGUAUAUUGAAAAAAGAAAAAUAUUUUUCAAUUU